UGUUGUUACUCCAACUAUAAUCUUCUCUUUACACUUUCCCUCUUGGGUUUCUCUUCCUCUAUUUAUUUCAUUUAACUUUUCUUUCUCAAACACACAUCCUAGUACAAACCAUUUGUUUUGUUUCUUUGUCUCUUCUCUGUUCAUCAUGAACCUCGUACUUUCUUUGUUCAGUUUCUGCUCUAUCUUUUAUCUUGUUGCUGCUGAAGAUCCUUAUAGAUUCUUCGACUGGAAUGUUACCUAUGGUGACAUUUAUCCUCUCGGAGUUAAACAACAGGGUAUUCUUAUCAAUGGUCAGUUUCCAGGACCUGAAAUUUACGCUGUAACCAAUGAUAAUUUGAUCAUCAAUGUACAUAAUAGCUUGCCCGAGCCAUUUCUUCUCUCAUGGAACGGUGUUCAACAAAGAAGAAACUCUUUUCAAGAUGGAGUUUAUGGUACAACAUGUCCCAUUCCUCCUGGUAAAAACUUCACAUACAAACUUCAAGUCAAAGAUCAAAUUGGAAGCUUCUUCUAUUUUCCAUCUCUUGCUUUCCACAAAGCUGCUGGUGGUUUUGGAUCCAUCAAAAUCCUUAGCAGACCAUUGAUUCCUGUUCCAUUCCCUAAUCCAGCUGAUGAUUUCACCGUCCUCAUCGGUGAUUGGUACAAACUCAAUCACACGAUCCUGAGGAGAUUUCUUGAUUUGGGACACAGACUUCCACUUCCUCAAGCUGUUCUUAUCAACGGUCGCGCAAAUUGGACAACAUUCACAGUUGAACAAGGAAAAACGUAUCGGCUUAGAAUAUCGAAUGUUGGAUUAGAAAACACACUCAAUUUUAGGAUUCAAGAUCAUACUAUGAAAUUGGUUGAAGUCGAGGGAACUCACACUCUGCAAACAUCAUAUUCAUCUAUAGAUGUUCAUGUUGGACAAUCUUAUUCCGUGCUUAUCACGGCUGAUCAAGCACCUAAGGAUUUCCACAUUGUUGCUUCCACUCGAUUCACCGAAAAGAUCCUCACGAGUACUGCAGUACUUCACUAUAGCAACUCACAAGGAUCUCUUUCGGGCGUCAUUCCUGGUGGACCAACCGAGAUCGACUGGUCCAUCCAACAAGCGCGAUCAAUCAGGACGAAUCUUACUGCGAGUGGACCAAGGCCUAACCCACAAGGUUCGUACCACUACGGUACGAUAAACAUUAGUAGAACAAUCAAGUUAAUGAGCUCGGCCACAAUCGUGAAUGGUAAGCAAAGAUACGCGGUCAACAGUGUUUCUUUCGUACCCGCCGACACUCCUCUGAAGUUGGCCGAUUACUUCAAGAUUGACGGAGUUUUCAAAGUUGGAAGCAUCCCAGAUAGCCCUUCCGGUAAAUCAACUCAUCUCGAUACUUCAGUCAUGGGUGCUGAUUUCCGUUCCUUCGUUGAAAUCGUGUUUCAAAACCGUGAAAGUAUAGUCCAAAGUUGGCACAUUGAUGGAUACUCAUUUUGGGUCGUAGGAAUGGACGGUGGUACGUGGACGCCUAAUAGUCGUAACCAAUACAACCUCCAAGACGCGGUGUCUAGGAGCACAACACAGGUAUAUCCUAGGUCAUGGACUGCAAUUUAUAUGGCACUAGACAAUGUGGGAAUGUGGAACAUUAGGAGUGAAUUUUGGGCACGACAAUAUCUUGGACAACAAUUCUAUUUGAGGGUAUAUUCAGAUGCUGGAUCCAUUAGAGAUGAAUAUCUAAUUCCAGAAAAUGCUCUUCUUUGUGGCAAAGCAUUGGGGAGAAAAACUACACCAUUAUGAGAAAUGUUAACCAACAACCUAGUUAUAUAUUAGGGAAUAACUUUGUCAUAUUCUUUGCAAAUUCUUAUGUAAUUUCUUUGUAUUAUUUAUCUGUAUUACAUGUUCAUCAUCACAUUGUGAUAAUAAGUUAGUCACCCCUUAUUGUUUUAAUUUUUGUCAAUUAAAUAAUUUUUCGUGAUGUAUCAGCAUGUUGCUGCUUUAGUUUUACAAGAAUGAAAUGAAGCAGAUUAGUUCAAUCUGAAUGUGUACAAAACUUGAGUAAAGAAAGUUGAGGUUUCAUAUUUA